AUGAAUAAUCUACUGUUGAAAAUCCUGGAUGAGAACAACAAGUUAGUUGGCCGUAGUGAUAUCAAUGAUUGGCAGAGGAAAUUGACAAUAAUAUUAAAUUCAAAAAACGCAACCUACGUUUUAGAAACGCACCUGCCUGAACCUCCUUCUUCUGAUGCUCCAUUUGAUGAGCAUAACGAAUAUAAAAAAUGGAAGGAAGAUGAACUUAGAGCUUGCUCUUAUAUGAUGGCAUCGAUGAGUGACGAACUCCAGAGAAAGUGUGAAAAGAUGGAAAGUGCUAAUGAAAUUCACCUCACGUUACAAGAGUUGUACCGUGAGAAUUCGAGGAUAAGACAAUAUGAAUUGAGUUCAACUUUAUUCGGAAUGAAGUUGAAAGAGGGUGUAUCACCAGAAGAACAUGAUCUACAGAAUAGUUCUGCUCUAGGAAAAGAUCAAGUCAUGUUAAGAAUGACGAAUGGAGCAAAUGUUGUUGCCGAAGCCAUGGGAACAUGCAGUUUGAUGCUUCCAUCAUGA